AUGACGGUGGUGGUGGCGAGGAGUGGUGGAUUGAGGAGUAGGGUGGUGGAUGGAGGUGGUGGUUUGGCAAAAAUCGCCAAGGAAGAGGAGUUGUGCACGGUGGCAUGUAAACUAAAAGUUUUGAAACUCGCUGGAUCUGAAUCCUUAAUCAAAACACCUAGCUUCUCUGAAUUCAGGAGUUUGGAGAGACUGGUUCUGAAAGAUUUCCAGAGGUUGGACGAAAUUGAUCGCUCAAUUGGUAAACUGGAGCGGUUGAUUUGCUUGAAAAUCAAAUGGUGUCCGAGUCUUAGAGAGUUGCCCGAGGAAAUCGGUCAUCUAACCGCACUGAGAGAGCUCAUCUUGAUCCAGGUUUACAGUGUUUGUCAUUUGCCAGACUCGAUCGGCAAUCUAAGACUGCUGUCAAGGCUAGAAAUGGACAAUACAGGAUUAGUUGAACUUCCUGACACGAUCCAAAGGCUGGACGAUCUGGAGCACUUAAGUUUGACGAAUUGUACGAAUCUAGAUACGCUGUCGGACGAUGUUUGGCGGUUAAAGUCGUUGAAAGAGUUGGAUCUCUCGGGGUCAUCUAUGAGGAAACCACGCUUUUGGAUAGCAGACGUGCUAAAACAUUUCCUAGGGGCUAACAGUUUCAGCAUACGAACACAACCGCCGAGGGAUUUGCCUCUCCUGGACGAUGUCGAGGACUGCUGGUGCCCUGGAAGAACACUGGAGCAAGAUGGCCUGGUCCUGAGCGAAGAUCAGGAAGUAUACCCAUCUCCUGAGAAGUCGGAGGACAAUUUAAGAGCCAGGAUUUUAUGUGCCUCAAAGGCACUGACGUGUUAA